AUGACUUUGCAAGGCACCAACACUUAUUUGAUAGGCAGUGGACCGAGAAAACUGCUGAUUGAUACUGGUGAGAUCAAUAACAAUGAAUAUCUCUCUUUGCUGCAGUCGAUUCUCAAGGCCAAUGACAGUUACAUAGCUGAGAUCAUUGUCACUCAUUGGCACCCUGAUCAUGUUGGUGGAGUGCCUGACAUCUGCAAAAUGCUUGCUGAUCAAUCAGCUUCUCAGCCAACAAUAUCUAAAUUUCCCAGAACCAAGGCUCCAGAAUUCUCUUUAGGCGGUAUUCCAUACAACUUUAUAGAAGACAAUCAUGUAUUUCACACAAAUGGAGCAACUUUACGAGCCCAUCACACUCCAGGUCACUCUGAGGAUCACUUGAUACUGUACCUAGAAGAAGAAAAUGCUGUCUUUUCUGGUGACACUGUUCUAGGAGAAGGCACAACUGUAAUGGAAGAUUUAUUCCUAUACAUGAAAUCUCUGCAAACCAUUUUGGAUUUAAAUCCCCAAAUCAUCUACCCUGGACAUGGACCACUGGUAGAAGACCCGAUUACAUUUGUCAAAAAUUACAUCCAACAUAGAAAACAUCGAGAGACACAGAUUUUCAAUUACUUAAAAGAAAAUUCUCCUAAAUCAUUCAACUUGGUAGAAAUCAGGACACAGAUAUACAAGGACUUGAAUAAAUCCUUGUACAAAGCAGCUGAAAAGAACACUGUUUUGCAUUUGCAGAAACUAGAAAAAGAGAAUGUUGUAGAAAGUCUUAAUGAAAAUGGUUCUCAGAAAUGGCGUUACCUUAUCAAAUCCACCUUAUGA